CUUUCCCACCCACCCCCCCAAAAAAAACAACCAAACCAACCCCUCCAAGCCUAAACCCUGCGGCCCCCGGGGAGCUCCAUGGUGCGGGAAGGCAGCAUGGCCCGAACCCCUUACAGCUCCACGCAGGACAUCCAGAUGGACGUCUUGGAUAACGCCACCCUGCAGAGCAAAUACAGCAAACGCAAGAGCCGCUUCAAGCGCUCGGACGGCAGCACCUCCUCCGACACCACCUCCAACAGCUUCGUCCGGCAGGGCUCUGCCGAGUCCUACACCAGCCGCCCCUCGGACUCGGAUGUGUCGCUGGAGGAGGAUCGGGAAGCGCUGCGCAAAGAGGCCGAGCGCCAGGCCAUGGCCCAGCUGGAGAAAGCCAAGACGAAGCCGGUGGCGUUUGCUGUGAGGACAAACGUUGGGUACAACCCAUCGGCCAGCGACGACGUCCCGGUGCAGGGCAUGGCCAUCUGCUUCGAGCCCAAGGACUUCCUGCACAUCAAGGAGAAGUACAACAAUGACUGGUGGAUCGGGCGGCUGGUGAAGGAGGGCUGUGAGGUGGGCUUCAUCCCCAGCCCCGUCAAGCUGGAGAACAUGCGGAUGCUGCAGGAGCAGAAGAUGAGGCAGAACCGCCUGAGCUCGAGCAAAUCGGGGGACAACUCCAGCUCCAGCCUGGGUGACGUGGUGACAGGGACCCGCCGGCCCACCCCCCCGGCCAGCGCGAAGCAGAAGCAGAAAUCGGCUGAGCACGUGCCCCCGUACGACGUGGUCCCCUCCAUGAGGCCCAUCAUCCUGGUGGGGCCCUCGCUGAAGGGCUAUGAGGUCACAGACAUGAUGCAGAAAGCCCUCUUCGACUUCUUGAAGCAUCGCUUUGAUGGCAGGAUCUCCAUCACGCGGGUGACAGCUGACAUCUCCCUGGCCAAGCGCUCGGUGCUCAACAACCCCAGCAAACACACCAUCAUCGAGCGCUCCAGCACGCGCUCCAGCCUGGCUGAGGUCCAGAGUGAGACCGAGCGCAUCUUCGAGCUGGCCCGGACGCUGCAGCUGGUGGCCUUGGACGCUGACACCAUCAACCACCCGGCCCAGCUGGCCAAGACCUCCCUGGCCCCCAUCAUCGUCUACAUCAAAAUCACCUCCCCCAAGGUGCUGCAGCGGCUGGUGAAGUCCCGGGGCAAGUCCCAGGCCAAGCACCUCAACGUGCAGAUGGUGGCGUCGGACAAGCUGGCGCAGUGUCAGCCCGAGAUGUUUGACAUCGUGCUGGACGAGAACCAGCUGGAGGAGGCCUGUGAGCACCUGGCCGAGUACCUGGAGGCCUACUGGAAGGCCACGCACCCCCCCAGCAGCACCCCCCCCAACCCGCUGCUCAACCGCACCAUGGCCACGGCCGCGCUGGCCGCCAGCCCCGAGCCCGUCUCCAACCUCCAGGGUCACUUCGUGCCGGGGGAGCUGCCGCGCCAGGGGGAGCACGGACCCCCCCGGCAGGGCCCAGCUGAGCUGGGGGGUCACGGGCAGGGCCGCCUCCCCCCCCCCGCAGCCCACCCGCCCGGCCCCCGCAGCCUCUCCCGCCAGGACACCUUCGACUCCGAGACCCCCGGCAGCCGGGACUCGGCCGGCACGGAGCCCGGGGAUUCCUGCUGCAUGGACAUCGAGAUGGAUCCCGGCGAGGAGGAGCCCCCCGGCGCCAGCCCCCCCGACCCCCAGCGCCCCCAGGCCUGGGCUGAGGGCGGGAGCCGGGGGCUGCGGGGGGGGCACAAGGGCCAAGGUCGUUACUGCCCCGACCCCCCCGAGCCCCUCGACCAGAGUGACAUGGAGACCUGGGGCCAGGACGUUUACAUCCGUUAGGGUGAGGGGGGAGCAGGCAGAGGGGGGGUGGGGGGCUGGGGAUUCUGCCCCCCCACCCCAGCACCGACUUUGAGGUGGGGGAGAGCCCCCCUAGUUGCCUUUGUGCCCCCUCCAGAGCCCAGCCAGCCGUGCCAUGGGGAGCCCCUCCUUUGCCCCUGGGGUCUCCCCCUGCCCCAUUCCUUGGUGUGUGUAGGGGUCUCUCUGCCCCCCCCACCACUGCAGCCCCCCCAGCAUCUCACGGUGCCUCAGGCCCUCCCCGCCCCACAGGGAGGGCAAGUGACCAAAGGGGACCCCAGGGGCUCUGCCCACGGCCAACGUGUCCCCCUCCCCUACCCUGGGCAUAGGGUGGGGGGCUGCGCUUCCCCCUCCUGAUGCCCCCGCUUCUCCAUGGUGCUGUUUGCCACCCCAAGGGACCCCUGAGCUGGUGGUGGCAGUGGGGGGGGGUCCCUGCCUGCUCUCCCCCCCCCAUCCCCAGCCAGUGCCUGCAGUCUGGCUCUGCACGACCCCCCCAGCAGGGCUGCAAUCCACAGCCCACCCCCCCCCUGCAGCUGCGGGGGGCUUGUGCAUGCGUGUGCAGUGUGUACAAGGCUUUGGGGGGCUCCAGCAGUGGAGGGGUCCCCACUGCCCGAGGCUGUGCCCCCCCCGGGGUGCUGCCUGCCUGGGAUUGGGCAGUUUGCAUGUGUUUGCUCUGCCUGAUUUGGGGGGGCCGGGGAAGAAGCAAAUCUGGGCCAGUUUGGGGGCAUCUAACAUGUGCUAACAACUGCCCAGUCCUGGCCUGCCAGGGACCACUGGGUCCCUCUGCCCUGGGGGGCCCUGUGUGGGCCCCCACCUUUCCCUGGGACCACCGGGCGGUGCCAGGUGCCUGCACCCCCCAACCCCCCUGCCCCCCCCCCCCGCCAUACCUGUCUGCUCUCCCCCCAUCCAGCUGUGUCUGUCUGUCUGUCUGUCUGUGAGCCUGUCUGUCCAUCCCCCCUGCCUGCAGGGCUGCCCUCCUCCCCCACCCCCCCAGGGCUCUCCUUCUGUGCCCACCCCAGGGCAUCCCCCAUCCCCCCACCUCUGUGGGGGAGAUCACAACAGGGUGGGGUGGGGACACCCCACAUCCAGCCCCCACCGUGGGGCUGGGUUUGCCCUUACGGGGCAGCCCCUUGCCCCCUCUCCCGGGGUGAUGCUGAGGGUCCCUGGGGUUGUUGCCUUACCCAGACCACCAGCCCAGGCCAGGGGGCUCAGGAGCACCCAGCUGCUGCCAAGCUGCCUCUGCCCAUUGCGUGCCUCAGUUUCCCCCCCUUUGUUUUUUUUUGGGGGGAGGAGGGAACUCGGUGUCACUGCCUGCCAAGUGCUUUGAGACCCCCCUGCCCUAGCACUUGCCCCUGUGGCAGCUGGGGUCCAGGCAGUGGGCCCUCCCCCCCCCCGGCGGGCAGAGGGAUGUCCUGUAUUUAUGUCACAACCACAAACUUUUAUUUAACAGACCCGACAAAGUGUAUUUUAUUUAUUUAUUCUCGUUGGUGUGUGGGGGGACUCGCCCCGCUCGCUUGGUUCUUUGUAAUAAACAUUUCGGUGA